AUAGGUACGGUCGAUAGCCUAACGAAGUAACUCAUCAACAAAUAUCACACUUGCGAAUAAUCUGAGUAGCGAGCUGUUCUUACGUUGCUUAAGCAUAAUUUGAUUUCUUGGGAGACUAUCAUCAUUAUGGCUAGUGACGGAUCUUGGACCGAUCAAAAUAGGGAGGAAUCAAGGGAGGUUGAGCCCAACGAAGAUAGGCUAGUAGUUAGGGAUACAUCUGCGGAGAAAAGUUCAGCCGGAAUCUUGUCAAUAUGGCAUUGCAUAUUGACAAGGUACUUGGCUAUUUGUGCAAACAAUGACGGGAGGCCGAAGGAGGAGGAGAAGACACACUACACAAUGAUAGAGAUCUACAGGCACAUGAGGCAUUUACGUUUGGCAAUGAACGGGAUCGAAAACCCAGAUUCAAUCAGCAUCUCUGAAAUAGCAAAACCCUUCAAUUCCAUGUUCACUAUAAUCUCAGAAGAUGAAUGGGUUGAACAGCUUCAAUCCCUGAUGCAGGAAGUAAUAACUAUGAGAGAUUCUCUCGACGAUAUCAAGGAACUUCUACUUGUUACUGAUUUAAACAAGUGUGUUGUUGAAAAUGAUAACCAACCAAAAAAUUUGAUCUGUUUGCUAACCCUUUGGUAUUGGUUUGCUGCUUGGUCCUCCCCGGUUGACCAAUCGGAAAAUCUUAGUAGUGCAACUGCAGAUUUCAUGGAGGCUAUUGAGGCACAGGACAAAUCGUUGGGAUUUCUUCUUGUUUGCACCUCCCAAAUUCAACUCAAGGAGCAACAACAGCUUCAAAUUAUCUUCUCUAAGCUCCUUCUAAUGCUGAAAUCAGACCCCAAACAUUGGACGGAUGUUUUGACCCGAUUCAUUGAUGCAAUGUCAUCUACACCAAAAGCACCCGAAACUCUGAUGACUUCGUCGAUGCAUCUGGAACCAUUUCAAAACGCCAAUAAGUUUGAUUCCAUCUCGAACCCUCCUAUAACAACAACAUUAGCAAUAAGUUUUCUCCCAUCACUAGCGAACAUAGUUAAAGCUGUGGUACAAACUGCAGUGGUAAAGCUCGUAGUUGAAAACGGCAUAAAAGCUGGUAAAGCUCUUUGUACGAAAGUAGCAGAAAAUUCUGAUGAAAUUCUAGAAACACUGAAAGGUGCAGCGAAAGUGGUAGGAAGAGCGCAAGUGGCAGGGAAUACAGGAGUGAUAGUCCACUAUUGAGGAAGUAUAAAUCCAUAUCUGAUAUGUAUUUCAAGAUAUAUAUCACACCAUUAAACGACAAAAUCGGCUAAAGGAAAAUACUAAAGGACAAAAUCAAUUUCUUUUGAAAAUGACAUCAGUUUAUGAAAAAUGACAUCGAUCUUUGAAAAAUGGCAUAUUCUUUGAAAAAUGUUACAUACUUUAAUAUUUAUCUUAUCCCUAUUUUAUCGUUUAGUGGGAUAAUAUGUAUCUUGAAAUGCAUAUCAGAUAUUAACCUCUCCACCCUCGUCCAUUAUUAAUAAACUAAAGGCAUAAAGGUAGGUUUUUUUUUGUCACUUUUUCCUAUCACGGCCAAGAAAGUGACCUCAAAUAAAUUUAAUAUAUUGUAAUUUGUUUAAGUAACUACUCCACGUGUCUUUACUUUGUAAUUUGUUACGUAUCAGUACUUUAAUAUUUUUUUUGGGGUGAAAUCACUACUUUAAUUAAUUUGUUAGUGUACUGAGUUAUUGUUUGUAUUCUAGAUACCCCCAUGUAAUUUGUACUCCGCACACAUGUUUUUAGUGUAUUACCUUUUCGAUUAAAAAUGCAUGGGUUGAAUUUAA